AAAAAGGAGGAGGGCUCACUUGUCAAGAAUGCCUUAGAAGAGUUGUGAAAACAGCCAGCCCGAGAAGGGGAGUCAUGCAGUUGCGGAUGCAGCUCUCCUGCCGAGCCACAAGCCAGUCAGAUCAGUCAGGGAGAGAGGGUGUGUGAGAGCAAGACAGAGGGAAAGUGUGUGAGAGUGUGUCAGGACCAGAGGCUCCAAAGGACGUCACACACACGAUCCCAGAGAGAGAGGGAAACACGCUGUCACAGGAAGGCGUCUAUCCUCACGCAUUCUGGGCUGUGGAAGAUUCAACAGCCUCUGACAAAAGUGAGUAUUCCUGAGGUGGAAGCAGUAAGACGAUGAUGUGCAUUUAGUCAGCUGAAGUGGAUUUUCCUCAAGACUGAGGCAGACUGACAAGAUACAGAUUUCCAGUCCUAACUUACUUUCUGGCAGGGGGGGUUCAACUCCUCUACAAGGAAAACACUUGCAAUAAGACACUGAUCAAGAUUGUGUGAAGUGUUAUUGCAUCACCAUGGAUCAGCCAGCCAGCAGCUGCAUGCGGAGCGCUCACCCCAGCAGCCCAAUCUGGGGUUGCAUGAGGAACCCUCACUCAGGGGUCCCAGGAGCCAAUCUGCAGUCACCCUACCAGCAGGCCCCUUUCUCCCUCCACCAGAAGCCCGAGUUCCUGGCCUACACAGACUUCACCAGCUCCUGCCUGGUGCCGACUGCGCCACACGCAGCCUACCCCCGCGACGACAGACUGUACCAAGAGAGCCAGGGGGGUUACCAGAGAGCGGACUGGCAGUUCAACCCCUGUGAGACACGAGUGAGAGCGCCCGAGGCCUGCCCGCCUGUCGUCGCCUCUGUUGUAGUAGGUGGAGGUGGAGGGCCAGAGCUGGACAGUGUAGGGGCAGACAGGCUGCCAGGGGCCGUGCCUGGGUGCCUGGAGGGAGAAUACUCACCGCAGAGCGUGGCGUCGGCCGACUCUGACAAGAAGAGCUCCAAUAAGAGGAAGAGAGAUGUCACAGAUAUCCAGGAGUCCAGUUUUAAGGUGGACUCCAGCUGCAAGGCCCGGAAAGAGCGCACAGCGUUCACCAAGGAGCAGCUGCGAGAGCUGGAAGCUGAGUUCACCCACCACAACUACCUGACCAGACUCCGCCGCUACGAGAUCGCCGUCAACCUGGACCUCACAGAGAGACAGGUGAAAGUGUGGUUUCAGAACAGGAGGAUGAAGUGGAAGAGAGUGAAGGGAGGACAGUCGUCUUCGCCCAACGACCUGGAAAAUGACGACAUAGACUCCGCUGCCUCGCCCAGCUCUGAAUGAACAAAGGAGUCGGCAUUAUGAAAAGGAGAUGCGACACAGACCUUGUGACACAGAGAAACUGGGGUCAACUGGACAGCAGCACAAUGCAACCUUCACUCAUCUCUUUGGAAAGCUGCAGGAACAACUCUAGAGACUCUUUUUAAUUCCCAGGAAGAAAUCACUGAGCAUCACCUUUGUUGUUUUCUGUUGUAAAUAGUUGAUUUAUGUCCAUAACGAACUGCAUUUUGAUACACUAUUGAUAAAUACUCUGUUCAAGAGGCCACCUCUUGUUGCAUUGACUGUUUCAAUAGUAGAGAUGAUACUUAUGGUCAUUGUAGAUCAGUGACAAAGUCCAGACAGCAGCUUAAAGGCCAGUGAUGACAUAUCAGACCGUGAUGCGAUUGUGUUUGAGUGCAUCCCCUUUGGUUUCAGUAUUGUAAUCAUGGCCUUUGACGCUUGACUACAACCACCUGGGAAAACUCAGACUGCACAAGUGUUGCCAAGCCAUAAGUGCCUCCGAAUCAGAUCUCUUUUUUAAUUUUGUCAGUUUCUUUUUCCUAGAAUAUAGUUGUUUUUUCUGUCAAGCAUUUUUUUUUUACUAUUCUUUUUUAUACAUGUUGAAUGUUAUUGAUAAAACACAGAUGUUGCCUGUUUUUGCAAAUAGAAUAAAUCAUCUGCUGCAAAAUGGG